AUGUCCCCGACGUUACUCAUCAUACCACAUUCAAACAAAGCCCGUAGAAACCAUCGAUCCCCCAAAAAAGCUUCAAAGAAAACCAAUAUCUCCAACUCGAACCUUUUUUCAUCGCGUUCGCACCGGAGCGCGUCGGAGUUGGCAUCCACCCCUACUUCUAAGCACAAGCGUUCGCCCUAUAUGCAUAACAUUGAAGCAGCCAUCACCUCCAAUUUUAAUCGACAACAAAUAAAGAGCCAAAAGUGUGCAAUCCUGAAGCGAACACCCACUACAAUGCCAAUCGGCGGGAACAAAGUAGCGGAGAUGCCCGUAGAAGCACCAACUAUUGUAAUACCGCGAUUGCACCAGGUCGUGAGUGAGAAGGCGGAGCCAAGUAGGCUGACGAAAGCGCCAGACCGGCAACGCACCACGGAGCCUCUUUUUCCGUCCUCGGUCGGCGCCUACAACGGUGACGUGAAGGACAAACCCGCUGUCGUCGUCGCGGCGGAGGGCCCACCGGUCAAAGCGUCCCGAGGCCAAGUCCAACCCCCCCCCGUCCCUCGGCGCGCGCAGGCGGCGGCUGAGCGAAAUAAACAGCAAACCCUCUCCAAGGGCCAAAAUGCCAUCCCCCAGCGUCCGAGACCGCAGGCCGAACGGGCCCGCGAGGCGGCCUUAUCGACGGCCCAGCCCAGGAUCACCGCCUCGAUGGCGGAGACCGGCGGCGGGCCCCAGAAGAACCGUUGGCUUCUGGAGCUCAACCACGACGCGACCGACAUCGAGAACUACCUUUGCCGGUUUCGAGAGCACGACUGGAAUGUGCUGCAUGCGGACGCCCCCCCCCCCGGCGAGACCGAGCCGCCUCAAGGGGAGGAGGGUGGUGACUCGAAACACUCCUUUGUUCGGCAUAUGGCGCUGCUAUCUGCGAUGGAAGAGCUUCAGUUAUCCACCACCAGGGACACUCACAGCAAAACCCCUCCCAACAAGCCUAAACCCGCUUUCGUACCCAAGUCAAACGGACCAAACGCACUGAAAGAAGAGGCGCGGAGACUUGCACAAGAAAAGCGCGAAGUGCAGAGGGAAAAGCUAAAGGAGUUGAUUCGUGAAGGGCGUGCAAAAGUGUCUGGGGGGAAAGCCGUGAAUGAGAAGAAACUUAAUGUCGAGAUCAAGAUUCCACAGCAAUCCGGAUCCAUAGACAAUAAACCGUCUUGUCCAGUAAAUUCUCUCGAAGCGGUUUAA